GAGAAGGAGGAGAGAGAGGUGUGGGACCUUCUGUGUGUCAAGUGGAAUUUAAGUCCGGGGUACUGAGCAGGCAGAGUGGUGGGGCACUUCCUCCUUGACGGAACUGAUCAGACUCAGCAGACAACAAGCAAGACAGGCACGUCUAAGAUGGAGUGAGGCACAGUCGGUGAGACAGCUGAAAAAACUCUAAAUGUAAACAUAACAAUUUGCUUUUUACUGCUGUCAAAAAGAAGGGCAUCAAAAAAGUGUCAGAAGCUUCACACUGAUUAACUACCGGUACAGCUUCUCAAAGACAGAUUUCAAGACGAGAAUGAGAUUGUACACCACAAAGUAAGUCAGGACAGAUUGCCACUGAUUCUGAGAAAAAUCCUGCUCCGUUAGUACUUAAAACCACAGAACUGUUUUCAGCUGCAACAGAAUUUCAAAGUACAGACCAAGUCAAAAUUGGAAACAAUGGAGCAUCUUCCACAGACAAAAGGAAAGGGAGUCUUUAUGUUUGCCAGGAGGCGUCAAAGGAUGGAUGAGCUUUCCGCAGAACAAGAGGAAAUGAGACGCAAAAGCAUACCAAUGGAUGCAUUUGUUGAACCAGAAGGUGAAACUAUUAAACCUCCUCCGCGGGAAGAAAAUACACAAGCCCCGCAAGAUAUCUAUGUAAGGCAACAACAACAGUAUCAAGACCAGCCAUUUCAGCAACAGAUGUUACCACAAUCAGCAAACGGUUUGAAUGGUCUGGAUCCAUAUCAAGGUUCAGCUGUUUCCAGAUCCCUUGUCUCCAACAGAACUGCUAAGCCCUUUCUGGGUGGUCAUAAUCAAGGACAGAAAACUUUUUCACCAGUCAGCGGUGUCUCAAGCCCAACAUCUAGGAAACCUGAAAACAUAUUCAAGGUUCCUGUUCCAGUAAACACAGCCCCUAAGGUUUGGUCCCCCACAUCAGACGUCAUUGCUUCACGUGAUGAACGCAUUGCUAUACCUGCAAUUAAAACAGGGAUCCUGCCAGAAACUAAAAGGAGAGGAGCAAACAAGACAGACUCAAAAGAGAAGCCUCUGCUUCAGAAAAAAGGUGAACAGAAGUCCGUAACAGAGUCAGUUCCAGAAGAAGACUUUCUCAGUCUGGGUGCAGAAGCAUGCAAUUUCAUGCAAGCUCCAACAAUCAAACAGAAAAACCCUCCACCUGUCCUACCCAAACCUACCAUCAACCCAGCCCACCCUCUUUGGUCUGCAGAGGGUCAUGGCAUGUCUCAGAAUCCCCUUGCAGCAUCAAGCUCAGUUCCAGCGAUGGGGAACACCCAAGUGCAGGCAGUACCCCAACAAAGCCCACCAAAGCAGCCUGCUGAAAAAGCCUGGCCCCCAUUGUCAUCUCAACCAAUUACACAGGAGGCAUCACCUGCUUGGGUUCCAUCCCACACACCAGAUCCGAAUCAACCAGCCUGGACUCCAGAACCACAUCAGGCAAAACGUACACCAGAUUUACUCCAUGCUGGUCCUUCCCAGGCUAAAACAUCAUGGAUUAGAUCAAGUGAGGGUAACUCUGUUGCUUCCUGCCCACCCCAACACCUGAGCACAUAUUUUCAGGGAUCUAAAGCUCCAUCAUCUUCUCCUAAAGGGUUCUCAUCAGAUGCAGGUGCUUCUGAGGGACUGAACCUUAAAGGAAAAGGAGCUGAACUGUUUGCCCGAAGACAGUCCCGAAUGGAAAAAUUUGUGGUGGACAAUGAGACUGUGAAGGCCAACAAAGCAACAUCCUCAUCGCCAACACUUUCAAUGCCAAGCACCUGGAAAUACUCUUCUAAUGUCCGUGCCCCACCUCCAGUCUCAUACAAUCCUAUUUUGUCUCCUUUUUAUCCCCUUGCAGCAGUUAAACAACCCCCUCCUGCAACUAGCCCAAAGAUAAAGUCUAAAGCAAACACGGAGAAGAAGAAUCCACCACCCAAACAUCUAAAUGUUCUGGAUGUUAUGAAACAUCAGCCUUAUCAGUUAAAUUCCUCACUUUUCACCUACAACUCCACUCCAGAGGCCAAGGAAGCAGUUCCGCCUACAGAGUCUAAGCAAACUUCUGCUCAAACUCCUACCAGUUUCCAGUCCCUUGCUUAUGAGCCCUCUACAGCAUUCUCUCCCUCCCCAAAUAAUUUGCAGUCAGUAAAGCAAAUUCCGUCUAAAGCCACUGGAGAGAUAUUCAGCAGGAGCCGUUCCUUGUCUUUCCCCCAGAGACUGUCCUCUGUGUCUCCUGCUUCCCCCGUGUCCACACCAGGUGUCCAUUCAACAAGUCAGUCACUGGACAGGCAAUAUUCAUGGGUGGAACAGCCCAAAAAAACACUCUCCUCUGUGGAGGCAGUUUCUCAAAGCUCCUUUGGUCCUGAUGAGUCCAAAAUUUCUGCUAUUCAUAGAAAAUCAUUACCAGAAACACCAGCAGAAUGGAAGCAAAGAGUUUUCUAUGACUCUGUUGGUGGCUCACAGGAGAUGGAGCCUUUAAUAGCUGUUACACCCCCCACCAACAGCUUUCCUUCAGUGCCAAAAGAACCAAUAUAUGGGCCGCCUUUCCGUCCUGCACAGCCUCUGGUGACCAGCAACAGGUACAACAGGGGUAGUUCUCUACCCAGAAAUUUCACACUUAACACAAACUGUCCACAAUUGCAUAAAGUCAGUUGGAAACUGUAAUUAAAUACUUCUGUUCAUGCUGAUUAUUAUUAUUAUUAUUAUUAUUUUUAAAAAGAAGGUUUAAGAAAUAAUUUACCCUUAACAUGAAAAAUCUAAAAUGUUCCACUCUAGUUGCUUUCAAGAUCCAAAAGACCAAAAAUAACCCAACAUUUUAAAAAACACAAGAUUUAAUAAUAAUAAUAAUAAUAAUAAUAAAUAAAUAAAAAAACUUUACAGAAACUGAGCAUUGCAUUUAUAGACAUUUUAAUGCUGAAUUCUGUAAAUACAAUUUGGAUUGGAUGAGUGUGAAAAAACUCACAGUAGUCAAAGUAGGAAAAAGAAAUGUCCAGGUUAAAGCUUAGUGGUGCAUACAUUGUGUUUAUAAGCCUAAUAUUCUAGCAUUUAAAAUACAGUGCUGUUCAAAAGUUUGGGAUCAGUAUAUUUGUAAAGUUUUUUUUAAAGAAGUAUCUUCUGCUUGGUCCAAAUUACAGAAAAAUAUAUACUUUUAUAAAAACCAAAAUAAAAAUAUUGUUAAAUAUUUCCACAAUUUAAAUUAAUAGUUUUCUAUUUUAAUACAAUUUUCAAUAUAAUUUAUUCCUGUGAUGCAAAGCUGAAUUUUGAAUGGCAGUGCAAGUUGUAUUACUUUAAUAUAAUUCAAUAUUAUUAAAUAACCUGUAGAAGUUUAAAUUAUCUUGCAGCCCUCUUUGCUGAGGCCCCCUUGUUGAGAACUGCUGGACUGGAUUAUUUGUGAGCACUUAUUAUAGUUUAUUUAUAUAGCAUUAUUAUAUUCAUACACAUUAAAUCUUUUACAAUAUGUGAGCAAAAAAAAAUCAACGGAAGGCAAGUUUUUUUUUUCAAGGGAGUGUUAGAUUAGAUUAGUUUUAUUUGUAUAACCUUGUACAAUUCAUCUUUGUAGUUGCGACAAAUGCAGUCAGUAUGCAAUGAUGAAUAAUCUGAACCACUGAUGCGAUUUAGUUCACCCAUUAAAACUAUGCCAGUUAAAGUCAAGUCUCCAAAACAAUUAUUUUUUAUUUUUUAUUAAUCAUCAAUGAUGUCAGUGAUGAUU